UGUUGCGCAGCACUGUGCUCCGCGUUGCUGCCGGUUUUGCUCGCACCUGUAUCACGGUGCACCUUAAGAGAAGUUUUCGAUCGAUCGAUUUCCUUCGCUAGAACCUCGCAUUAGUUCUAAAUAAAAUUCCACCCCGGCGCGGAGCUGACCGGAUGAAAGUCAAACCGAAGGCUGACCCAACUAGCAUCGUCUUGACUUGAAUGGGUAUUUUUGGUGCUUUACAUAAGAGUUUCUUGACGGCGAGUCCACGUGGGUACUAUUGAGAAAAAUGUUGACCACGCUGUUCGAGCUCCAUGGGCGGUUUUGCGCCAGCCAUCCUUUGGAGGUGAUCGUGACCACGUUCACCCUGACGGCCUGUAUCCUUAACAUGGAAACCGGAAACGGGCAGAAUCGCGAAGGAAGCCUUCACAUUGCCUCGAAACCUUGCUGGCAUGGCCGCUGCUCCUCUGACGAAUUAAAUGCAGCCGAUGUCAUCGUGAUGACGCUGAUACGCUGCUUGGCAGUGCUCUUCAGCUAUUAUCAAUUCUGCAAGCUUCGGAAAUUAGGCUCAAAGUACAUCCUCGGUAUCGCCGGCUUAUUCACGGUCUUCUCCAGUUUCGUCUUCACGUCCAGCGUCGUUAACUUCGGCAAGAGCGAUAUCUCGGAUAUGAAGGAUGCCUUGUUCUUCUUCCUGCUCCUCAUCGACCUCUCCAAGGCAGGGGUACUGGCACAGCUGGCCCUUAGCUCGAGAAGUCAAGAAGAGGUCAGGGCGAAUAUCGCUCGUGGAAUGUCGUUGCUGGGACCCUCGAUUACCUUGGACACCCUCGUAGAAAUUUUGCUCAUAGGUAUCGGUUCCUUAUCUGGGGUACGCAGACUCGAGAUAUUGUGCUACUUUGCCUGUAUCGGAGUAGUCGUCAACUAUGUCGUGUUCAUGACGUUUUACCCAGCGUGCCUGUCGCUCAUACUCGAGUUGUCCCGAGGCAGCACCAGCAUGGGACCCUUGAGUGCCGACAAAAUAUUGAUGAUGCACACCUUGUAUGAAGAGGAUCAAAAACCGAAUCCGGUUGUGGAACGUGUCAAGCUGAUCAUGAUCGCAGGGCUAUUCGUCGUCCAUGCUCACAGUCGGUGGCCCUUUAAAAACAGUGACAGUGAAGAAGCGGUGGAAGGGAAAAUAUCUCCACCCAGUCCGCACAUUGUCAUGAGCCCUCGAAACGACACCGAGAGCUACACGGAUUUCAAGGAGUACCUGAUGAACUGGCUAUCAGUGAGCGCGGAUCAUAUCGUAAUCCUGAUUCUGCUCCUGGCACUGACGGUGAAAUUCAUAUUCUUCGAGGACAGGGGAGAAAUCGCAAAACAGCUGAGAUUCAAAGAAGAUACGGAGACGGAGGAGAGAGCAAACGAAGAAGGUGCAACCGAGAGUAUGCACGCGACGACGCUGAACAUCUCCCUGCAACAGAAAUUCGGAGUCGCGUUGCCAAUGCAUACGCCCGUCUUCCCGUUGUCGGGAAUGGGCGGCGAAUGGAUAGAGGACGGGGAUAAAGUUCAAAUCGAACAAUUCGACAAAGAAGUCCAGACCGACGUAAAGAGCCUCGCGGACGAAAGUUCGGAGAGCGACGAAGAGCUGCAUCGGUCCAGCACUUGUAGAACUGUCGACGAGUGUCUUGCUGUCUACCGAUCGGAGUUGGGCGCCAGUGCUCUGACGGACGCGGAAGUCAUCCAGCUGGUGAAGCACAAACAUAUUCCACCGUACCAGCUGGAGAAAGCAGUCGGAGACAUGGAGCGAGGAGUUGGCAUCCGACGGAUGAUCCUAGGAUCCGAUGCGAAGUUGAAGGACGAGCUGUAUGACCUGCCGUACAAGGGCUACGACUACAGCAAAGUCCUGGGAUCCUGCUGCGAGAACGUGGUCGGAUACAUCCCCGUGCCGAUCGGCAUUGCCGGACCUCUUUUGGUAGACGGAGAAUUGGUUCACGUCCCGAUGGCCACGACGGAAGGCUGUCUGGUCGCAUCUACCAACCGCGGUAGCCGAGCACUCAUCAAAUGUGGGGUCACGAGCAGAGUGGUGGCCGACGGUAUGACCAGAGGCCCCGUGGUCCGGUUCCCGAACAUAGUACGCGCCAGCGAGGCCAUGGCAUGGAUGCAGGACCCGGAGCACUUUGAGGAAAUGAAGGCCAACUUCGAUCGGACCAGUCGGUUUGCCAGGCUGACGAAGAUCCACGUCCGCAUCGCGGGCAGGCACCUCUUCAUUAGAUUCGUCGCCAAGACCGGUGAUGCCAUGGGGAUGAACAUGCUGUCAAAAGGCACCGAGAAGUCCCUUCAGUCCGUGCAGGUGCACUUCCCCGACAUGGAGAUCCUAUCGCUUAGCGGGAACUUUUGCACCGAUAAGAAGCCUGCAGCGGUCAACUGGAUAGAGGGCAGAGGGAAGAGCGUGGUCUGUGAAGCCAUCGUGCCCGCGGACAUAGUCACGACGGUGCUGAAGACCACCGUGCACGCCCUGGUCGACGUCAAUAUCAGCAAGAACAUGAUCGGCUCCGCUGUCGCUGGUAGCGUGGGCGGGUUCAACGCCCAUGCUGCCAACAUUGUAACCGCUAUAUACAUUGCCACCGGACAAGAUCCCGCCCAGAACGUCGGAAGCAGCAACUGCAUGACUCUGAUGGAGCCUUGGGGACCGGACGGCACGGAAUUGUACGUUUCCUGCACGAUGCCCAGUAUAGAGAUUGGGACCGUAGGCGGUGGCACCGGGUUACCAGCUCAGGGAGCUUGUCUGGCCAUGCUGGGUGUCAAGGGAGCUCACACCGAGGAACCUGGCGAGAAUGCUAGCAAAUUAGCGCGCAUUGUCUGCGCCACGGUACUCGCCGGGGAAUUAUCGCUGAUGGCUGCCCUCUCGGCUGGCCAUUUAGUCAAAAGUCAUCUCAGGCACAACAGAUCAUCUACAACAGUAGGCAACACGGUUACUUCCAAAAAGCAUGAUAUGGGUGACAAACUGACGGUGCCAAGUGUCUUACCGGUUCUUGAGACCCUCUGCACUGACUCAUCUUACCGAUAGCAUUUACCGAUUAGCAGAUUACCGAUACCGAUAGCUGAUAGUUUGGCUGGGUUGUUGUGAUUUUACGGGUUCAGUCGCGUUUGUAUUUCAUUCCCACAAUUGCCAGAAUUUCGUUUCUAUCCCAAAGAGAAGUUCUUCGUUGUGGUCGUUAUUUCCUCCAUGAGCAGCUGUACCAUAUAGAAAUAAGAUGUAUACUUGGUAUGAAAAGGUGACAGCAGAAGGAUCACAGGAAUUUUCUGGGAUUUCUUUAUCAAAUUAAGUGCAUGAUCGAUCCAAUCAGCUGCUAUUAACACUUCUUCAUCAACUUAGCAUAGUUAUAUUUAUAAUAAAAAGGAUCUAAAGAUUGAAUGGCGGUGUUGUACUAGAUGACGGUAUAGGAAAACGUGCAUGCGCCUGUUUUUUUUUUUUAACUAACUUCGUUCAGAAAUAUAUUUGUUGAUUGUAACGAUUAGGUAGAAAAAUACCAAGCUUUGAUUGAUACGUUUAAAAAGAAUCUAAAGAUAUAUCACAUUUUUUUGCGAAAAUAUCUAUAGUCUAACUUGCCAUAAAUAUGAUUCGUGCACAUUUAUUUUUAUUGUUUUGUUUAAUGUAUAAGUCGUGAGAAAAACGUGCAACAAAGCUGUCAUUAAUCAUGGGUAGCAGAUGAAUAAGUCCGUCAAUGUCUGCAUUUAGUUAAACGCUUGUUCGUUGUGCGUACUAAUUUUACAAAAAAAAAAAAAGAGAGAAGGGAAUACAAUGCAGAAGGUAUGCUGCGAAUGAGUAAAAUUAGUCAUUUUUAAAACUUGUGCAAUAUCGUCACAAGUUGAUUUUCUAUGAUAAUAUUUAGUACAAGAAGCUAUAAAUAAAUGUUCGCGUUUAUGGCGAAAGACUGGAA